AUGGAUCAAGCCGACAUUCCUGCGCUUCUGGCGCGGUUGUCCAGCGACGAAGAUGCCGCGCGCAAGAUGGCAGUCUUCAAACUCCAGACCUCCAUCAACGACCCUUCUUUUGCCGACGUCUUCAUAUCGUCUGGUGGUCUUGUCGUGCUGCGCGGCCUAAUCAUGGAAUCUGGAGGCAACACCUUGGCUUACUCGCUGCAGAGCCUCACGCGCCUCCUGGAAGUCGACAUGGGUUGGGACAUCUUCGAGGGGCCGUCCGCAAGCGCCUUUGUGGAACACGUCGUCGAGCUCAUUGUCAUUAAUCCGCUGGUUAAUAUCCUCCGUGGAGCCAUGUCGAUUCUCGUUGCCCUCGUCAGCCAUUCUCAGUCCAGUCCGCCCGCGAGUCCCAGCCCCGUUGGGUCGACACCGGGCUCGUUUGGAUUCCGCGCCCUCAAGCCAGCUGUUGCUGUCUACCCGCAGUUCUUCGAAUUGGUUAUCCAGCAGCUACAGAGUGCUGACCAUGCGCUGUGCGCCAAUGCCCUCAUGCUCAUCAAUGCCCUCAUCCGCGACUCCAUCUCGAACGGGUCUACAUACUCUAGCACAAACGGCAGCACAGGGAGCGGUGGCGAGGACUGGGCAAAGUUGGUAAAGUGCCUGCAGGAUUUGGGUCUCAUCAAGGCCGUGCACCAGCUCAUGCAGAGCUCCUCAAUACAAGACCUGGCGCAUCCGGUAUUGGAAUUCCAAUCGCUCACAAAGGUGCUGCUGCGGAAGUGGCGGGAGGUUGUUGUUGACCUGGACCGGCCAGACCAUAGACGAGCAUUGAAGGGAAUCCAUCUGGCCAGCGCGCCAGAACGCGCCGUCAAUGGACAUUCCAAAGACGACGCUGCAGAAGGCGGCAAGAAGGAUGGCCGAAAGCACAACCCCGAGAAGUGGAGGCGGCUUGGCUUCGAGACGGAGAGUCCCGCGCAUGAGUUUGAUACUACGGGGUAUCUGGGCAUGAUGGACCUCACAGACUAUGUCCGGAAGCACGAAGACGGGUUUCAAAAGCUGUUGCUUGAACAAGCUACAAGGCCCCUUCAAGAAAGAUGCCCGAUUGCAAGGGCCAGCUUAGCUGUAACCAUCAUCUUGUAUCAUCAUUUCGAGGUCGAUGGGGUCGAAAUGGAGGACAGCAAGGGAUAUCAGGGUUUGGAUGGGAAAGACCACGAUAGAUUAUUCCGGCCAUUGCUGUUGCAGUGGUCUCGUUUACACGCGGCCGGCUUAUUGGGUUUCCUGCGCAUAUGGAAGGCCACUGGCGCCGAGUCGGAUGACUUUGAAAAGGUGGCAGAGCUCGUCCGUAUCCUCAUUGAACAGGUCGUUGGUCGAGCGUCCCGGACAAAGGAUAUCCUCGAGGUGGAGGACGAUAUUCUGGAGUACGAUAUUGCGCAGCUUCGAGAGCUGCAGAUGGAGCUGCUGGAGCUUUCCUUCGACGACACAUGGGGCCAGCACCUGUACCAAGUGCGCGAGACGCUCAAGCAGGAGGCUCUGCAAUUCGUCAAGGAGCAGCGGGUGCGGUGCCUUCUGCAGGGCUCGUGGUUCUGCAAGCCGGCAUCUCACAACAAGGGCCGGGAAGAUGCAGAAGAAGCCAAGGCCGUCUCGCCGUGGCGUUUCGCCAAGCUAUCACACAACCGCCGGUACUUGCAUUACGCAGACUUUGAGGAGCAAAUGGCCCAGGAUCCAGGCCUGGACGUGCUGACCAACAAGAUGGACUUGGGCACCGUCAGCUCCGUGGGCUCCAACGUGUCUGCAACGGACGACAGGAGAAGCCACGCGAGUGGCUCCACGGUACAAAAUCUGGCCAGCCAUUCCAAAACCACCACCAAGAUCACCAUGUAUGCCGGCGAAGUCAACGAGCACGGCGAGGCUGACGAAUACCCCAUGUUGACAUUGUGGCCUACCAGCCACAGCCUAGCGUCGGAAUGGCUCGACGGUUUGCUCAUGCUGCUCAACCAGGCUCCAAUCACUGCGGAGACGAGCAAGCUGAUCAACUUGGUGAGCGAGUACGGCCUGAAGAUUCGGUUGCUCAACGUCCGCAUGGACUCGGCGUUUGAGGGGCCACCUCCAGGCGCUGGAGUGGUGCCCAGCCGAGCAGGACUUGACGAGGACUACUUUUUUGAGGUGUAG